AGCACUCCACUGUUUACCACACCGCAUGCAGCCUCUGGGCAAACUCACUCCUCGGGUUACCUGGGAAGACCUUUGGGGGGCCUGCGUUUGGAAGUUUGUCUGCUUAUACGGAUGCAUGCUGCUGGCCCAUGCUGUAACUCAGAGCCCGUAGAGGAACGAGACGUAGGGCCUUGACCCACAGACCCAGGAUGGAACCGCUGCCAUCACGGAAACCUGACAGCGAGCUGACCAAGCCCUGACUCCCUGCUACCCUCCUUGAACGGUUGAUGACCAAGGAUCUCUCAACUUCCAAAAGCCAAAAGGGCUGUUGAGUUUGGGUUCUACUUGCUGGAACCUAAAAAUGUACCCCACCACCACCACCGCCCCCAUCACCCUGCCUGAUUCCCUCCCGGUGCAACUCGCUCACCCCCACGCCCUGAGAGCUGGACCCCCCGGGGGCCUGCAUCCUCCUCACUCUCUGUUCUUCCCUCCCGCUUCCUGUGACUGGCGGCCCUCUGAAGCGAGAGAAAAUCCAAGAUCACUGCCUCCCGCAAACUCAUGCUGAAGAGCCUGAUGCUGGCCAAGGCCAAGGAGUGCUGGGAGCAGGAGCACCAGGAGCGGGAGGCUGAGAAAGAGCGGUACCUGGCCGAGCGCAUCCCCUCCCUGCAGACCCGAGGCCUGGCGCUCAGCGCCCUGCAGGAGCUGUGCCGGGAGCUGCACGCCAAGGUGGAGGUGGUGGACGAGGAGCGCUAUGACAUCGAGGCCAAGUGCCUGCACAACACCAGGGAGAUUAAGGACCUGAAGCUGAAGGUGAUGGACCUCCGAGGGAAGUUCAAGCGCCCGCCCCUGCGUCGGGUCCGCGUCUCCGCCGACGCCAUGCUCCGGGCCCUGCUGGGCUCCAAGCACAAGGUGUCCAUGGACCUGCGGGCCAACCUCAAGUCUGUGAAGAAGGAAGACACGGAGAAGAGAAGGCGAUGGCCAGCUCAGCUCUGCCGGCUGGGCCCCGUGGGCACGGCACCCCUGGCAGACACCUGCGAGAGGAGGCGGCCCAGCGCCAAGCUGGUCCGACUGGUUCUGAGCAGGAAGUCUCCCGCCCUCGCCCCGGGCAGCCAAGCAGCCUGGGCGCUGGCCCGGGCGUCCGUCGGUCCGUCCGGCGGCCCUCCGAGCGGCUCCCGGGCGCGCUCGGACGGACGCGCGGCCCAGCCCGUCGGGAGGGAGAUCAAUGCGGCUUUGUCUGGGACGCCCACACCCCGGACGCCGCUCCCGGCCGGCCGACGAAUCGCAGCGCGGCGGCGCGGGGCGCGAGCGGGGGUGAGAUAA